CAGCAGUGUGGCAGGCAGCCGCCCCGGCAGCAUCAGUCACCUUGGAGCAGUCCCAGCGAGCAGAGGAGGUGGGAGAUGAUCGGCAUCCUCUCCGCUCAACUCUCAUUCACAUCAUCUCUGAUUGAUUAUCUCCACGACUCUCCGGCAACAUGAGCUCCUCAUCAGCCAACCUUCACAGCAAACGCCUGCCCUCGGAAACCGAGCGUGGCCAGAGGCUCCCAGAUGUGGAUGCAGCACAGCAGCUCAAGUUGAGGGAGAGACAGCGUUUCUUUGAGGAGGUCUUCCAGCAUGAUGUGGACGUCUACUUAUCCUCUGCGCACCUGUGUAUCCGAGACUAUAAGAGACCUCCAAUUGGCAGCAUCUCAUCCAUGGAGGUGAACGUGGACUUGCUGGACCAGAUGGAGCUGAUUGACAUUUCUGAUCAGGAGGCCUUGGAUGUCUUCUUCAGUUCUGGAGGAGAAGAGGGUGUGCUGACCUCCCCGCUGCCAGCUCAAGGAAACAACAACAACGAGGAAGUCAUCAGUAAUGGACUCUUUCAACAUGUCCUCGAGGGUCUUGAUGCCAAGUCACGCAUGUCCUCCACAUCUUCAAACUCCUCCUCUGACAGCCAGGCCACCAACGCCAACGGAGGAGACACUCCUGUGUUCAGGUCAGACGACGAGGAGACACACACCAGCACGGUCAAGCGAAGACCAGCUCCUCCGGAGAAGGAGAUGAAGAAAAGUCAGACUCCAUCAACUUCUUCAUAGGAUGCACCCUCUCCUCAAUAGAUCGUCCACCUGCAGCACGGGAGUUGACACCUCGGCCAAGGGUGAAAGGUGGACUUUGUGAUGGGAACUAUUGAAAAAGACCUCUCAGCUGCGACUGUCGUCCACACACUGGCUCUUAUCACUGCUUUCAACCUUUCCUUUGAUUUCUCAGUUGUAGGUUGGGUUGUGUGUAUGUUUUUGAGGUGGGGACCAUGAACUGUAAAUAUGGAGAUUUUCCUCUUAAUUCUCACCUGUUUCCUUUCAUAUUUUGGCAUGUUUUGACCGACAAGAUUUGUGAUGAAUUUUGUACAGUAUUAACAAAACCCAAUGUAUUAAAGCAGGGACUGGAAUAAUAACAAAAUUGGAUUACUUGAGGUCAAAUCAGAAUAUUAGAAUAGAAAAGUUCAUACAUAAAUGUGCUGUUUUUGAAAGCAAUACAUUGUCCUGCCAAUGCAGAUUCUCUGUUUUCUAGCUCCAAUUUUAAAUGAAUCUCUAACAAGAUUUUUUUUUGUUUUAACAAUAAAGUAAGAAAGGAAAAUGUAUUCAUGUGUUUCUAAAAACCAACAGACCUCUUAUCUGUUAUUCCAAGACACUUUGAAGAUCGUAAAUAUGUGCUUAGUUGCUUCCUGGGGACAGUACAAACAGAACCUGAAGGGCAGCGUCAUAAAAAGCAAAAAAAACGCAAAAAAACAAAAAAAUCACAUGACGAGACCAUGACAUGUAAGGUAUGUUGAGGCACAUAAAUCAAGUGUAGAAACAUGGGAAGCCAUUACUGACUCACAAUCUUGUAAAGAUAGACGCUUGUUUAGCAAACACUGCAUAAUUUGUCCCAGUGACUAUAAGGCAGUUCAAGUGCAAGCUUUCUUUAGGUCUGAAUGAAACCUCAUAAGCAAAGAGUGAAGUGUCUACGGUUAUAGAGUGACACACAUACACACACCGCAACCUGUGAUUAUUGCAUACAGUGUAUGGGUGUGUAAAGAAGAGAGGGGAGGGUCUCGUCUUCCUUUGCUCAGACAUAAAUAAAGAAAAACCUUCCUCGAACACUCGGGACUGGAUGAACUUAACCAACAUCAUGCUCAGCUUCGUCCUCCUGGUAUGUAGCAACACUGACUUUAAAUCUUUUAGCGCUAUUACUUCAUUUGAUAGAUGCACAUUUUUUAUUAAAUUCUGUUUUCCAAACUUGUUAAAACCCAGCUACUUGCUGGUGGGUAGUGUUAGGGUUAGGGUUUGGCAAACACGACAUAAC